CACGGCCUUUUUAACCACCCAGUGUAAUUUCAACUGGGUACGCAAUUGAACUCCUUUGUGUAGAGUUGCAACGUAAUAGUAGGCCUAAGGUACAUUGCUCAAGGACACUACACGAAAUUCAAAGAAAGUGCUCGAGAACCUCACAUGGAGGUCGAAAAAACCUAAACGCAACCGCUGCACCUGACCAGCCGCAUCAUUAUGUUACCAUAAAUUAUAUUUUCCACAGCGAAAAAGGCCCGGUCGUCAGACGAAUGUUACACAUUUACUAGGAAAGAUGAGGCGCCCGAACCAUGCUCUGAUACUCGAAUAGAGUGCAUUGAUCAAGGGGGAACGAUUGUGAAUAUCACCAACAUUGAACAAUAUGAAGGUUUAAUGAAUGAAGUGCUUCAUAUAUUAAAAGUAGGAUCCAAGGUGACGUUCAAUGUACUCCAGAAUAUAAAACAAGGAGAGCAAUGUGCAUACGUGAAUAUACAGGAUGGUUUGAUUUGGAAUUCGGAUAAAAUAAUCCCAAAACACGCCGAUACUAACACCACUGUGAAUGCAGUACUGUGCGAGCAAACAGAUGCAUUGAUAUAUUCAUCGACCAUCUCAACCUUAACAUCAUCGACCAUCUCAACCUUAACAUCAUCGACCAUCUCAACCUUAACAUCAACUUUUGGUUCUCAGACCACCGACCACCUAACUAAUCAGAUUUCCGAUAUUACAUCUAUAACACCAGUACAAAACCAACAAACAGGAAAAACAGAUAGGAUGCGAACACCCAUCGUCAUCGUGGUAGUCUGCGGCAUUAUAAUCCUUUUACUGGUAUUCGUCGGAUUCGCAUAUUCUAAAGUAAAAAAAAGGAAGAUAAAUAACGAAAGGGCUCAGAAUACGUUGGAGAUGACUACAAAUGCAUGUAGAUAUUCCAAUAUCGAUGUUUACAAUGAUGUUUCUCAGACCAACAUUCACAAUGAUAACAGUACAACGCGUAAUGUGGCGCCUGGUGAUACCUACACGUAUGUUGCAACUGAAAUUCAAUCUGUGACGCCACAGCCUGAAAUACAGGAUACGAUUGGCAGAAACUACGAGCAACCACUUUUGGAGGACGAAAUGCACGCUAACGUUCAAGCUGAUGCAGUUGUAGAGACAGACGACUGUGAAUACGAUAAAUUAAACCGGUCACGCGCAGUAACCUGUGCAGGAGAUCAUGACGAUACGUAUAACAGCCUCAAUGAAGAUGCUGGUGACACGGGGCAUUAUGAUUGUCUCCAACGAUCCAACAUUCACAAUGAUAACAGUACAACGCGUAAUGUGGCGCCUGCUGAUACCUACACGUAUGUUGCAACUGAAAUUCAAUCUGUGACGCCACAGCCUGAAUUACAGGAUACGAUUGGCAGAAACUACGAGCAACCACUUUUGGAGGAUGACAUGUACGCUAACGUUCAAGCUGAUGCAGUUGUAGAGACAGACGACUGUGAAUACGAUAAAUUAAACCGGUCACGCGCAGUAACCUGUGCAGGAGAUCAUGACGAUACGUAUAACAGCCUCAAUGAAGAUGCUGGUGACACGGGACAUUAUGAUUGUCUCCAACGAUCCUACAGAAAAUAGGCUGUCACCUAACCAAUAAAACUAUCGACCACAGUAUUUAACUGGUGUAAUAAUUACUUACUAUUAAUACGUUAAAAUUCAAUCAAGCCAAAAAAAUUAGUGAAACUCAUAUUUUCCAUCAGUAACAUACACAGCGCCUUUGAUAUACCAUGGUCGUUUAAUUGGCGCUUAAUGUUCCAAUAUUAUUAUUUAGAACACCCUAAUAUCCUACAGAAGUCAACACAUUUGUACAUGAUAAGCCUAUUGAGUAUGUAUACCCCGUGUAUGUGCCUGCCUGCGAUGGUUGGUAGGCCAAAUAUAAGACUGGCUAUCCGGCUAUCGUCGACUUAUUUGGGAUGCUGAUUGGUCAAUUGAAUCAGGGAGCGUAUCCCAAUUUCUUUUCCCGUAGGCUACGCAGUGCAAGGUUUGCAGUGAAAGCAUCUGUGUAGCGAUUCUAUGGAAACAAGGGUUAACGAAAAAAUUAAAAGAAUUGCGUUACGUAUGAAAUAUCGGCAACGUUUUACCUUUCAUUUCAUUUCAUUUUAGUUCUCAUUCACUUUUAUUUCACACAUUGUCCAUAUAAAAUACAAAAAUAAAUACCAGUAUAAGUACAUGACGUACAGAGUACACAAAACUUUGUCAUAGUUUAAUAUGUUUACUUUAAGAAUAAUAUAAAAUUGAUUUAUUGAAAAAUUAGUUAAAUGUUCUUUCUGAGUCGUAGUGGUUAACUAUUAAUAAUUAUGAAAAUGGACGUUUUUACUGUUGUUAUGUAUAGAAAGUAUUUCGAAUAGGCCUAAUUGCUUUAAUCUGACUGUUAGUAAUUUUAAAAUUUUAACUUGAAACUUUAUUUUUAGCAAUUUAAUUUUUUUUUUGUCUUUUUUGGGGUAUCCCACUUCUAGUUCUUUUCGUAGUUAUCAUUACAUAAUUUGCAAUUUUAUUAGUUUUAUGCAGUAUUAAAAAAUAUUAGAGAGAGCAUCUUAGCUCAGUCGGCUAAACAGGUGGUAGACACUGGGCACGAGCUGAUUUUUUUUAUUACUGUUUUCCUUUUUUCUUUUCUUUUUUGUGUGAAAAUGAGACAAGCUCUGCUUCUGUGUUUGAUCCCGAUCAAUCAAAUAAUGAAUUAAUAGAUUGUAUUUUUGUUCCUUUCAUGUUU